UAUAGUGGGAGCGUGACGCCGAAUCAUAACCCCCACCAGCUCCGACUCCGUGAAGGUGCAGCCGCCCGCACCCGCAGCACCUUUCCCUUCCACUUCGCCUUUGCUCCGCUCCCCUCCGGAAAAUCGAUGUCCUCCUCUGACCUCUCCUGCUCCUGCUCGAGCUCGCGCUCCUCGCUUUGCUUCCACGGCGACGGAAAGGAAACGGUUUGUUUGGCGUACGGCGACGUGGAAAGCUCACCCGUACCGUAGUAUAAUGCAACAAUGGCCCUCCUAUCCUUUUCCGAAUCACAUCUCGACUGAUUGAAUUAUUCAAUUCAAUGCUGCUCCUGCUUCCUCCUAAUCCAGCUGCUCCAGCCUAGCUCACGUCGCCUCCGACAGACGCCACCGCCACCACCCACCAGUCCUCGCCUCACUGUCACAGCACGAAGCCGCGGCGCUCCGUUAUCGCGCUGCCGCCGUGCCGCCCGCCCGCCAACCGAUAGCUCCCGACGGCGGCGGCGGUCGGAUCGGGGUUUGCGACUUGGGAGACGCGAGUCCCCGGGCGCGUACUUCAUGCCUCCAUGGAUCCGGUCGCGGACCCGUCGCCGUCGCGGCGGUCCCUGAAGCGGCGGCCGCCGGCGCGAUCACCGGAGCUGUCGCCCAAGGCGGGUCCGGGUCCGGGGCCAGGGGAGGCGGCGGAGGAGCUGAUCCGGCGGGUGGAAGAGCUGGAGGCGGCGGCGGCGCGGCUGCGCGGGGAGAAGGAGGCCGCGGAGGACGCGGCGCGGGGCCUGCGGCAGGAGCUCGACGCCGAGCGGGCCUCCGCGGAGACGGCGGCCAGCGAGGCCAUGCUCAUGAUCGAGCGCCUGCAGCGGGAGAAGGCCGCCGCGCAGAUGGAGGCCCGCCAGUUCAAGCGCUACGCCGAGGGCCGCGAGGACAGGGAGCGCGAGGUGCAGGAGGAGCUCGCCUCGCUCUCCGACCUCGCCGCUUCCUACCACUCCCGCCUCCAGUCCCACGGCAUCGACCCGGACUCCUUCACCGACGAGGACGAGGAUGAGGAGUCGUACGAGGAGGUGGGCGCCGAAGACGUGGAGCAGAUCGACAUGACCGGGCAUGAGGUGGAGCUGAACGCCCGCGACUCGAGCAGUGGCAUGGAGGUGAAAGCCAUGGUCGUUGCCAACGACCGCGAGGAGGAAGACGACGAGGAGGAGGAGCCGUCGUCCCCCAUGGAGAAGGAAUUCGAGUACACGGUGGAUGUUACCUGCGCGAGCACAACGAAACCAGCUACGUCUGUGGUCGCAGAGUAUGUGGGCGACGGGAACUCUCGGGGAUUGUAUGCAAGGGUCGAGGCGCUGGAGGCGGACAGGGUGGCGCUGCGGAGGGAGAUCUCUGCGCUGCGGGCGGAGAGGGCACAGCUGGUGAUGGCCAGGGAGAUGGCGCGGCGGCUCUGCUGGGAGAUGGUCGCCGAGCAGAGAGCCAUUGUGAAGAAAGCAGUAGUCCCUGCGAACAAUUUCUCAGUGCUCAGGAUUUUCAAGUGGGUGCUCUCAAUACUAUUUUGGAGAAACAGAAGCUCUACAGUCAAGUAUACCUUUGGUUUGUCGACUACAUUCCUUGGCCUCCUACUGCUUCUCAACAGAUCUGCAUUGUUGAGUCCCUGGCGACGUCUGCCAAGGCCACAAAGAUGAAUACAACCUUCUCCAUACCAACAGCCAAAUGCUCGUAAAUCUAGAGAUUUGAACAAUUGAGCUUUAUUGUGCAUGUGUAUUGGUUCUUUGAUGUUUCUUUUAACUCUUUUGCCACGUGCAGUAUUGGAGCUGUACGUUUUGGUUCUGAAGCUUUGAGCUGCCGUAUAGUGUGUUAUUCAGACUACUAGGCUUGAAUAGCUUGUAAUUUGGGGCUAACUGACAUGCUCUGUAUACAGUGUACAUCAUAAGUUGUGGAACUCGAUGUUUUGAGUGGUGGUGGUGGUUUGAUGCCAGUGUAUAGUGUAUUAUUCUCGCUCCAGAAUUCUUUGGUUAGCACUUA